AUGUCAAUUUCAAAAUUCAAAAAAAAACUUAACAAGUAUAAAAUCAAAGCAAUAUCGACCAAGCCACCAUGUUCUACUGCAUCCAAAACUGUGUUAUCUUCAUGUCUUGCCGAGAAAACCGGCACCCCAAACGUGAACGUUCAAUUGCUCCAGCCAUCAACACAUCAAACGGUCUUGGAGACCAGUUCAAGUUCACUAACGUACGAUGCACCCACCAAAAUGGAGGGCUUAGUGGAUGAAUUUUUAAAUAUGUGUGCAAACGGAAAAAAUAAAUGUGAUAGACAAGCACCCGGGAUUAUAAACUCAAGUAACAGCACUAAUGACAUAACUAUGUACAGAGAAGACGAGCCGUAUUUAGACAUGUUUCAAAUGAACGCGCCUGCUUUGUUGGCGCCAUUCUCAACACCUCAAAAUGUUUUCACAAUCGAUGACGAAUUUCAAAAGAUUACCAAACCAGAGAUAGAACUAAUUAUACCUUUAGAGAAUUCAGCUUUUAAACAACCCAUAUCUAUGAGAAAAAACUCAACCCUCAGAUUAGAUGUUGGGUUACAACAAGUUCAGUCAACUAGUUAUGGUGACAUUUUAAACACACCAGAAGUUGUAAAAACGCUGACUGAACAAGAAUCUGCUUUCAAUCUAUUAGCUUAUGUCUUUGAUGAAAAAAAAACAGACAAUUUGGCUGAAGUACCUACACCCAAAGAUGUAACUGUAUCACCAACCUUACAGUGGUCUCGAAAACGACGUAGUAGUAAUUCGUCAGCUUCAAUACAAACGGACGAUGAUGACUAUCCUAAGCACAGAAAGCCUAAUGAAGAUUAUCAUUCAUCCGACGAUAAGUAUAGACAACUGAGGGACCGUAAUAACGAAGCAUCUCGAAAGUCUAGGGCCACUCGAAAAGCCAGAGAAAAUGAGCUAAACGGCAGCGCUAGUCAAUUGGAAGCCACCAACAGAAGGUUAACUAUCAAAGCUGAAGAAUUGGAGAAAAUGGUCAACGAUAUGAGACAAGCUUUAUUGAAAAUGAUGACAAAGAAAAAAUAAAUAAUUUAAAAAAAAUCCAUCAACUAACCUCUUUUAAUUAUGCUGAAAAAAUUAAUGUCAGGCUCAUAAGAGAUGUUCAUUUUACAUAUUAUAAUCUGUGUGCUUAUUUAAUAUUUUGUAAUAUUUCAUUGCAAAAAAUUAUAUUAAAUAAUCCCAUGAAAGUAUAUAAGAUAACAAUUAAGUUUUGAAUUACAGUAGUAUUAAUAAUUAUAAUAAUUUAUAUUUUACUUUUUGAAUCUAAAUAUUUAUUUUUUUUUUCAAUAUUUUAGAAGUAAUAAAAUAUAAUUUUAAUUUUGGAUCAUGGUA